AUGCCGCUGCCCUCAGGGCCCGUGGCGCUGGCGGGCGAGGCGUCCUCCAGCAGCCUCCUGUCUUCAGAGACUGGUGGUAGCAGCAUGGACCGCGCGGUUCGAGUGGCUGUCCGAUUGCGCCCGCAUCUGCGCGUGGUGUGGGACCGCGACCCCGUCGGCCUGGUUGAGCUCGACUCAGUCAGCAACAGCGUUGUAGCCACAGACGGCACCAACCGCCUGCAGCCGGCGCCCACGUUCAAGUUUGACAGCGUAUUUGGAAAGGAGGCGGGCCAGGAGGACGUGUACCGCAGCUGCGUCGCUCCGCUCGUGUCGCGCUUUCUGGCGGGGUACAACGCCACGGUGAUGGCCUACGGGCAGACGGGGAGCGGCAAGACACACACUAUGGGGCGAGAAGAUCAGAAAGGGGACCAGCUGGGCGUGCUGCAGCGCGCGAUAUGCGACGUGUUUGACGCGGCGGCCGCGAUGCGGCAGAGCGGCGAGGCAGAGGUCGACCUGCGAGUGCAAUUUGUUGAGAUCUACAACGAAGACGUGCGCGACCUGCUUGACCCGUCGUUUGACCACCGCCUCAUCCGCAUCAACGAGGGCCCAGAUGGCGCCAUCAUCAUGGAGGGAGUCCUGCAGGAGCCGGUCGAUGCUGACGAGACGGGCGCGGCGCGGGCGCUGGAUUUGUUCCUUCUGGGCUGCCAGAGCCGCGUCGUGGGCACGACCAACCUCAAUCUGCGCUCCUCGAGAGCGCAUGCUAUCUACACGCUCCUGCUGUCGCGGCGCCCCGCGGCGGAGCCGGGCGUGGCGUAUGCGAGCAAGCUGCACAUAGUGGACCUGGCCGGCAGCGAGAGGUGCAAGCGCACCAAGGCAGAGGGCGCGCGCAUGCGGGAGGCCAUCUCCAUCAACAGCGGGCUGCUGGUGCUGCAAAAGGUGAUGGCUGCGCUGCAGGUCAACAGCCGUAGGGCGCACGACGCGAAGGAGCACGUCCCAUACCGCGAGUCCCGCCUCACCAGGAUGCUGCAGGACUCCCUGGGCGGCAACGCGUACAUCUGCAUUGUGGCCUGCGUGAGCGGGGAGCCAGCCGACAUGGAGGAGACGCUGCUGACCCUCAAGUACGCCGCGGGGGCGCGCCGCAUCAAGGGCGCGCCCACGGUGACGAAGAAGGUCACCGCGGAGCGCCAGGUGCUGCAGAUCCGGGAGCGCCUCCUGGCGCUGCUCUCGCGCAGCGCCGCCGCGGUGCAGUCGUCCGGCGGCAGCGUCGGCGGCGUCGCGGCCGGCUCGGCGGCGGGGCUGAGGCUGCUCAGGCAGCUGCCGGAGGAGGCUGUCUGGCAGCUGAUGCUCGAUCUGCGCCUGCAGCUGAGCAGCGGCGGCGACGGCGAUGGCAAUGACGGCGGCGGCGGCGCGGCUGGCAGCGAAUGUGGCGGCGGCGGCGUUGCGGGCGAGGGGGCGGGCUUGCGGCUGACGCUGCGCGGCGAGGCCGUCCCUGCAGGCGCGCCCGCGGGCGCCUCCGCGGUGCCGGAGCGCGGCAGCGGCAGCAGCUUUGGCGGCUUUGGCGGCGCAGGGGGCUGGCCGGGCAGUGAGGCCCGGGCCGGGCCGUCGGCCCAGCGGGCGCAGAGCGGCGACAACAUGCCUCCGUCCGCGGAGGGCUCCGGCAGCUUCAGCCUGCCGCACAUGGCAGAGGUGACGUCACCGUCGUCCCUGCGCCGCGGCGGCGCGUCCCCCGCGCUCGGCGACGGGGAGGAGGACGAAGACCCUUGCCCGCUCGCCGGCCCGCGCGUGCGGCGCGCACGCGACCCCAUGCGGUGCUCGACGGCGGCGAUCAGCGCGUUCCAGGCACCCCUGUCCCACUGCAUGACGCUGGCCGACGUAAAAGAGGACGACGGGGAGUUCUACACCACCCCGGUGGCGACUCCCCUGCCCAGCCCCGGCAAGGCAGCGGCCGGGGCGGCGGCGGGCGCGCCUGGCGGGCGGCGGCACUGGGACGAGCUGAGCUUCGAGGAGCGAAUGUCGGAGCUGCAGCGGUGCUAUGGAAGGGGGUCAAGGGAGCGGGAGGAGCAGGGACAGGAGCAAGCGCCGGCUGUCGGGCAAGGAGGGCAGCAAUUUGAGCAGCAGCAACAGCAGCAGCAACAGCAGCAGCAGCAGCAGCAGCAGCAGCAGCCUGGCAAUACAACAGCAGCCAACAGCGGAGCGAGCAGCUAUGGCAGAGCACCCAACAGCAGCAGAGCGGCCUCCAGCACUGGCAUCGCCCUGCCAGAGCCUCGGCAGCGCACGCCUGUUCGGGCCACGCCUGACACGCACGCUGUGGGAGGCCGGCUGCCUAAGACGCCCGGUUCCACGGCAGCAGCCAGCGGCGGUGCCCACCUCACAUCACAAGCCAGUAGAGGGCUGUCGCGGCUGCCAAGCGGCUCGAUGCUGCCCUCUUUUCAGUCCGCUCUGCCGGCGACCGCAGCAACAGCCAGCCCCAAGCCGCAAGGCGCGCUCGCGGCUGCCGCGGCGCUGCGCCCGCGGUCGCCGGCGCUCGGACCCGAGCGCAAGGGUUUGGCUUCAGCAGCGGCGGCGGUUGCAGAGCAUCACGCGUCACUGCUGCCUUUCAAGCCGGCGGCCGUGCCCCUGCCGCAGUUCACGGCUACCGCGCAGCGCGCAGCUCAGUCCCCAAAGGCGAGUGCCGCAGCCCCUGCGCCGGCCGCCGGCUUCGAGCGGCCCCGCCCGAGCACGGGGCUUUCGGCCUUCCAGGCGGCGCGUGCCGCCGCGCCCGUCGCCGCCGCACCCGAGCGGCAGGCGCCGCAGCAAAUGCCGGGCCUCUCCAAAGGUGGCGGCGACGGCGGCGGCAGUGGCGCCCGCUCGGGCGUCGGGCGGGCCUGGACCCCCAGUACGUGGGUGGCGACCGCACAGAGCCACGCACACAGUCAGGGGCAGUCCUCUGGGCACACCACGCCCAGCAGGAUUCCGGGCCUGCGCUCGCCGAUGCUUACGGCCUCCCCGGCGCAGCUGCCCGGCACCGCGGGGCGCUCGGCGGCGCCGGUAGCGACUGAGCGGGCCCGAUCGCCGCAGGUGCUGCCGCUGCAGAUGCAGGUUCUCACGGACGAGGUCCCGAGGGCGGAUCCGUCCCCCGUAGGAGCUGCCGGGGAGCUUCGGCCCCUUGUGCAGCAGCAGCAGAAGCCGCAGCCGCCGCAGCAGCAGGCCGCGACCGCGGCCGCCGGCGUGUCGGCACCAGGUACUGCGGCCACCGAUCCCGCAGCCGUCGGCGCGGACGCGCUGCGCCGCCCCAUGAGCUUCACAUCCAUGGGGGGCCUCCUGGGCUGGGCGGCCGCGGCCGAGGGCCCCAAGCCCGACACGCCGCCCCGCCAGGGCGCGGCGCCCGCCGAGCCCGCGUCCCCUGAACUGCCGCCACCCGCCUCGCCGGCGCCCGAGGGGCUGGCGGUGCCCGCAGUCGGCGGCGCGCCGGGCGCGGCGGGCCAGCAGCUGCUGGGUGGCCGCCUGGGCCUUGUCUGCGACGCGGAGGAGGGCGAUGACAAGCCGGCGGCGGGCCGCUUGACGCCGGGCCCAGCAGGGACCACAGGGGCGCUAGACGCGCCAGUGUGCCCCCCUGACGCCGCGGCGCUGCCCGGCCCCGCCGUCGCGACCGUGAGCGCUGCAGCCACUGUGCCAAUGCAGCCCACCCCGCCGCCGGCGCUGGUGUUGGUGUGCGCGCGGCCGCUUCAGCAGGCCGCCGGCGGCGCGGCGGGCUCGGUAGUGAUGUCAUCGGUCACAGGCCCCGCCUCAGCUGUCCCCCCGCUGCCGUGCGAUGACGAGGCGUCCGUCACCCUCAGCUGGUCUGACCUGGAGGAUGACGACGGCGAUGGCGGCAGGGGCGCAGACCAGCGAAGAGCGCCCGGCGCGCUGGCUGACGGCAGCGGCGGCGGCCGCGCGGCGCAGCGGCAGCCCUCGCUGCGGCGAGACAGCUGGGUUUCAAACGGCAGCGGCUGCAGCAGCCGCCUGGGCGGCGGCGGCGCAGCUGCAGGGCUGGGGGCGAGGCCGGGCAGCUGCGCGAGCCCGGGGCGAGUUGAGGACCUCAUCAGCCGCAUCAACGCGGCGCUGGAUUCUCAGCAGGCGGAGGCUCAGGUCAUCGGCGGUGCGGAGGGCGUUCUGCAGGCAGCGGAGGUGGCGCGCGUGAAGGAGCAGGUUGGACAUGCACUGCAGGUGCUGACACGCCCGCCAGCUGCCGCCCGCAGCAUCAGCCACGCCAGCUACGCCAGCAGCGGCAGCAGCGCCAGCGCCGCCAGCGCCGGUCCGACGGACGCCGCGCCCCUGAACACGCUCGGCGGCGGCGGGCGCGCGGGGAAGCUGCGCGGCUCGCAGCGGCAGCUGGCUGCGAAGCUCGCCAGCCGGCUGCGCAGCGGCAGCGCCAGCAGCAGCCAGGCGGGCGGCAGCCAAGCGGGCGGCAGCUUGGCGGGCGACAGGCCAAGGGGCCAGCGCUCGGUGGAUGCUGACGUGGACAGCGGCAGCGACGGGGAGGGCGCGAGGGACACGCAAGUCGGCGGCGCGCUGGACCGCCGUGCGCCGCCGAACGCAGCCGCGGCGGCGCGGCACAGCGCGUGGCUCAGCACGCAAACGCGCGAGGAGCUGACUAAAAUGAAUAAGGCGGCGGCUGGCGGUCAGCUGCUGGGCGGCGGCACCGGCGGCGGCAGCGGUGGUGGGGCUGGAGCGUUGAGCGUGCAAAGCGGUGGGAGCCUCAUCACGGCCACCGGUGCAGCGCCAAGGGCGGAGGCAGGCAAGCCAUUAUAA